AACGACGGCGAUAGCUAUCAGUUGGCCGUGAGCCGUCAAGUGAGUCUGAGUUUGGUGGCUGGUGUAUGUAGCUUUGCAGCAUCGGGAGAAGCGAUCGAUUCUACGGAGCUGCGCUCUCUCGCACAUCGCUCUUCUCUGUUCAGAGCGUUUCGUCUCGGAGCAUGUCUUCGUGUAGACAGCGAGAGGUGAUCGAUUUACCACUCUCGUAUUGAGAGAUGUUAAAAUAAUCUCGGGACAAGAUAAUUAAAUCAAGUUCGAAACGUAAAACGAUUAGGAGAUACAGGAAGACGGUGACAAUCGUUAGGCACCCACGUGAUUAAUCGGAGGUGCCGCGCGAAGGUGUCGAUUCGAUACAAGGCUCUCGUGUGAGAUUCUGCAUCAGUGACAGGAGCUCGCCUCGCCGUACAGAAGUGUGACAGAGAAAAAGGGGUGGGGGAGAAGAGGGAGAGAGAGAGAAAGAGAGAAGAAAAGGAAAGAGGGCGGAAAAGAGGGAGGAGGGAGAGAGGAGGGAGGAAACCGAUCAAUGUUCACGUGACAAUCAACAACGCGAAGUGAAGUUGCCGCGAAAGGGUGCACGAACAACGGCCAUAUUCAAGGCGAGCCCGUUGUCGCUCCCGGUAAACGUAGGGUCGCAAAAACAGUCUCGUGAUUAUUCAUCGGGAUAGAACGCGGAACGUGGUAAAAGAGAACAAGGUAAACGACGAGAACGGGGAAGUGCAGCAAUUAAGUUCUUUUCAAUACUACGGUGACAGCGAUCCCUUCCAUCAUCUCGUCGAGAUGGAGUUCAAGUUCAACGUAAAUAAACUCUUGCCUAGAAAGAUCAACAAGGUCACGCACAAUCUGGUGCCGGAAGACUUCAAAGGUGAUCGACGUGAAUUGAACGAAUGUCAAAGAUUAUUGAGCAGAAUAUUGGACGAUAUGGGCGAGGCAUCAGCGAGAGCUCAAGGACUCAACAAACCAAUUACUAGCGCCCUUAAACUCCGAGAUACAGAUCACAUGGUUUAUUUGCUAGUAGAUAAUGAAGGGAACAAUGGACUCGGUAGUGUGGUGGGAUUACUGAAAACAGGAUCGAAAAAUUUGUUUCUGUUUGAUGAAAUGGGAGAGCAUUAUCAGCUGCAGGCGAGAUGUAUCUUGGAUUUCUACGUGCAUGAGUCGCGACAACGUAUGGGUUUGGGCAAUAUUCUCUAUCAGCACAUGUUAUCUGAGGAAAACAUUAGGCCAGUAAAAUUGGCAAUUGAUCGACCAUCGGAGAAGUUCUUAGCUUUUCUACGCAAAUACUACGGACUCUCGAAGAUUAUCCCACAGAACAAUAAAUUUGUCGUCUUUGAAGGAUUCUUUGAUGACGAGAGUCGAGACGUAAGGAGCAAUAGAUACAGUUUACCUCCAAGAGUGAACUUGGACGAUGGUACGCCGGGCAAUAAUGACAAUAACGGAAGGAACGGUGCUAGUCUCAACGGGGUACCAUACGUGGCAUCCAUUUCGCGCAGUUCAUUCGGUAGAUACGCUGCGGCGCGGCCGCCCUGCUCCAUGGCAAAUAUAAUCCAUAACACAGCGAUGCUUGGUCAAUCAGCCGAGCAUACUGGCAAUAGCAACAAUGGCAAUGUAUCGCCGCCUCCACCAUUGAAACUGGAGCGACCGCGUUCCUUGAGCCUCUACUCUGAAGAGGAGCAGAAACAACGUAGUCUCGAGAUGAACACCGUUCCGACGCCUGUUGUGCCGGAUAAUCAAACUAAGUCGUUCGUCCCCAUUCUAUUGGAAGCUGAAAAAACGGAAAAAAAUGUGAAACCAUCACCGUCGUGCAGUCAGGAAGUGGCCACUGGCACUAAUCAACACGGCCACUUGGAUCUUAAGUUCUACCAUUCCCCUUUAUGGUGAAAUGAUUUGGCUGAUACACAGUUUUCUUCGUUUUUUUU